UUGCGCGGCGAUACCUGCGCAAAGACUCACUUUUUCGCUCGGCUGAGUGUACCUACUGAUUAUACUGUGGUCGAGGUUCGAGGAACCGAAAAGUAACCUUUUCAUGCGGUUUUUACUUUCAAAGUUGAAGACGCUAUAAUCCAUCAGCCAGUGGAGUAAAAGAAAAAAAAAAUUUUUCACUUUCAACUUUCAUCAUAUAUUCCCCUCCUCGAGGGGAGAUUGAAGAUUGAUGGCUUGAAGGCGUAAAAUUCACCAACCGGUGGAACAACAUAACGAAAACCCCAUUUUCAAGUACUUUCAACGUUUAAUUAACCAAAAUUUCCUGUUAGAUCGCACUCCGUGUCAAAUAGGAGAUGGAUUCAUUAACCGACGUCAAGGAGAACCUCGAUCAGUCUAUUCGUCUGUUAAGUCAGCAAAACAACCAGCGGAGAUCGUUUUUGAGGUUAAGCGGCCAGCGGAGCACUACUCCGAGAAGGAUAUCACUGCAGGCGUCUGGUCAGUCGCGCAGGGACGCCGAUGAAUGUAAACAGAUACUCAGCGACACGCACAGUCCAGGGAUGCUCGAUAGGAUCGCAUGCCCAGCGGGACCCAGGCUGAGCAAACUACACAAUGUAGAGCUCGACACCUCACUGACCCUCGCGCCCCACGAGAUUCGCGACAUUAUGGUGCGCUCGGAAAGGAACGACAUCACCAUCAAGGAGAUGAUGGAAGACAGCACAGCGACCGGAGCGAUUCUGAAGGCAAACGAGCCAUGGCGGGAGGCCAAGGCCAAGCUCUACUAUGACUUUCUACAGAGUGUACAGGCACAUUUCUCAGAGGCGCAGGUCUUUGAUACCAUCGCGGAUUUUAUACAAAACUGUACCGAUACGCUGGACAUAAUGAGAGGUAUGCAGUCGAAAGUUGAGAACACAGAAAUAACAGAAGAAGAAAUUUCUUUAGAAAGUGAGAGGAACACGUGGAGACUGAUGUAUUGUCUCUAUCAGAAUCGCAUAAGUAGUGCUGGCUUAACUACGCAAAUGGAACAUGAUGGAUUAGUAAACAGCAAUUAUAUCUCUGAGAAGGAUGUCAUAGAAAAUUUGUAUAAGUCAGAAAGCUAUAUCAGGGAAUAUCAAUUGAUUAUUGACUGGCUAGAAAAAAAUGCUCUGGAUCAAGCAGAUAGAUAUCCAUCGAUAGAGUUAUUUACUGAUAAAACAGUAGCUUGGGAAAAUACAGUUCAUCAGUUGCACAAUCAAAAUUUAGGAAUUGCAUUUAGUUCAUCUAGACCACUGGUAUCAUCUCUCGAUCCUGAUGCACCAAUACGAGAGGGUAAGCCAUUACAUGAUCUGGACAGAGAAGAUGAUGCCAGACUUGAAAAAAGAAUGUUUAUAGAGGUACGUUGUGGACGUCUUCAGAAAGCACAAGCAUUAGCCAUGCAUUGCGGUCAACCUUGGAGAGCCGCAUGUCUAUUAGGAUGGAUUCCUAAUCACGAUCCAAAUUAUAGUAAUCUAUUAACAGAUACUAAAUUACCAAUCGAAGGAAAUCCUAAUAGAAGUCUUUGGAAAUUAUGUGCUUGGGAAUUGUCUCAAGAUAAACGCAUAGGUGUAUUCUAUCGUGCCAUAUACGCAAGUCUUUGUGGCAAUAUCCAACUAUUACUACAGAUAGCGUCAUCAUGGCAAGAUGCAUUGUGGGCGUACGUAAAGAGCCUUCUAGAUAUCAAAGUCGAAUCAGCACUGAGGUUAAUGAUGGUGAAAAUUUAUACAAUUAUGCCAGAAGAAUAUUGGAAGAAUGAAAUCUCAUUGGAAGACGCGUUCAAAGAGCUGCACGCGUCAAAAAAUCCGAUAAUACGUGCCCAGUCUAACAAACCCGAUCAUUUAAUUCAAAAAUAUAUAAUAUUAGAUCAAAUACCAAAAUUAAUGGAAGAGAUUGAAAAUAUGAUAGAUGUCGGCGCUUGCGACUCGCAGUUCCUCAGAUUUCUGGCACAUCUAAUACUAUUCUUCAGACAGAUCGGGAAAAGUACAAAGGAUAAAGUAGAAGAUAAAGUACUGCUGGCGUACGUUCGUGUCCUUAUUGAAAUGGGCGAUCCGACUUUGAUUGCGUUCUACACAGCUACGUUACCUCAGGAGGAUCAAAUAACCAACUAUGCCUCAUAUUUAGAGAGUGUUAAAGAGCACGAACAGCGCAAGAAAUGUCUGCGUGCGGCGGAAGACGCGAACUUGAAUGUAGAAGCGAUUACGAAAUUGGUAGUGGAGAAUAUACGUAAGAAAAACAUAGAAUCUGACCCAACGGACUUAAAAGGGACCAUCACCGAGGCGGACAUGGAAAAGAUUAAUGGUCUGGAUUGGCUGAUUUUUUAUCAAAGUCAGAGAGAAGAAGCAUUACGGCAAACAAACGCGCUUAUUAGGUACUUCCUGACUAACGAAAAGAUCGAUGCGGCGCGAAAAGCAUUUAACAAGAUCCCAUCAGAUUCGAUUGAAUCAGUUAUGACCGAUUAUCCGACUAUAGACUGCACGCUCAAUCUUACGAUAACCAAUAAUUUGUCCAAGAAAGCGGCGGCAUCAAUAAGGGAAUACCUUUGUUAUAAAACAUAUCUUGACGCCCAAGAGGGUUUCGGUGAAUGGUUCUCUCAUUAUCAUCACGGUAAACCUACGCUGCCGGAAGAGUUACCUGCGUAUGCCACUUUUACGGAAAAGGUUGCGUACGAUCAUAGAAAGACACAGUAUAAUUUAGAAUUCGAAAGAUGGAAGUCUACGAUGCAGCAUCAUACAAAGGCUGUAAAACAAUUAUUGUUUAAUGUUUUAUUAUUCCCUGACGGCGGUUGGCUCGUCGAUUCGAAGGGUAGUAACGAGGAGCCGUGCACGCCCGAGGAUGAACUUAGGGAACAUCAGUUGGAGAAAUUGCGAGAGCUUUGUAUCCCUAAAGUCACACUUUUGCUACAUUCAGUUAUGUCCGAAAUGAACGAGCACGAUGGCUGCAUUCAACUGGCUGACGUACUUGCCUCUGAGCAACAUCAGUUGUACAAAGUAUUUUCAAAGGGAAGAUUACGUGAGGUCUUCAAAAAGAUUUGUGAAUCUUCUCUCGUUUUAAUGGACCAAAAGAAAGAUCCUUGGGGAUAUCCGAAAUAAAGUUUAAAUGUAUAAUAAUAUAUUACUGUGUAGACCGUAUUUGUUGUUUACAGUGACAUAUUAUUUAUAUUGGUCAGACACUUGCUGGCUUUUCUAGCCGUCGUAUUAAAUGAGACAAUCUUCAUGGUUCUUUUUUUUCUUUUUUUUUUUUUUUUUAUAAAACCAGUUUAUUGUCAACCACAAGAAGUGAAUAUAAAAUUUGAUACAAUGUUCAAUAAUUCGUAAUCAUAAUAUAUCAUAUACCUCGUGAUUACUUAGAUAUGCUCCUUUUACCCAAUUAUAUUAAUAAAUGUGGCGCUAUCAAAGCCAUUAAGAUUAA